AUGUCGACGACGACGACGUCGUCUGACCAGCCUAAUUGCUUUCUCAGAUUCGGCCACCGAUGCCCGACUAAUACGAACUGGAAUUUCGUAUUCGGCUGUGUAGGGCUCCCGAUUGGUCUCGUUUUACUAUUCAAAUUUUGGUGCAGCAGGCAACCACAGCCGCCACCGCCGCCACCACCGCCACGCUUUGAGCAGGGAAAAAGGCAGCCGGAGGCAAGGCGCACCACCGCUGUCGUAGGUUACACAGUCGAGGCUUUCCGCAAGAGUAACAGGGUGGCGGCAGAGGAAUGUGCAAUUUGCUUGAGGGAGUUGCAUUAUGGGGAUAAACUCAUCAUUGUGACGGCGUGCCGCCAUUUUUAUCACCGGGCUUGCCUUAACAGUUGGCUCGCCAAAAAGAGAAGUUGCCCUCUUUGUCGUGCCCCCGUUGGGCCAUAA